AUGGCUGGAUUCAGGAUCAAAUAUACAAAAGAAGGAGGCCCAGAAACGGUGAUUGAUGUGGGUACCAUGACAACGUACACCCUGACGUCUCUGGAAAARAAUACAAUCUAUAAAGUCACUGUUUCUGUAAUGAAUAGUCUCUAUACAGGAAAGCCAAGUGUGGAGGUUAAGAAUAAGACUCUGGAAGAUGCGCCAGAGUGUGCACCAGUCUUGAAGUCUGUYCAAAGUCUUUCAUCCAACAGUGUYCURCUCAUCUGGUCAUCACUUCAAAAUCUCAAGUGUACUAAUGGUGUCUUACGAGGGUAUAAAGUUGUUUACAGCGAAUCAAAAAAGAAAUUGAAUCCAUUGAAAGUCUAUACAGUUGAUAGCCGAAAGUUAAGAAUGUUAWKAGAGAAAAUGAUGUCUUCUGUAAAYGUUGCUAUUGGAARCAAGGCWKCCAUUGSUUGYUAUGCAACUGGYGUUCCACCAAUCAAGUACRGAUGGACAAAAGAUGGUCUUCCAAWUAGUAGUCCAGCAGYGAAAGUCAUAGAUAACAUCCUGUUUUUAAAGCCGAGGACUGCAGAGGAUUAUGGGAAUUAUAGGUGUCGUGCGUCAAACAAGAAUGAGACUGUUUCUUAUGUAACUGAGGUGAAACCGCUGAUCAACGUUUUCAACAAGAGCAAUAAGAARACAAAUCAAGAGAAGCUUAAAAUUUCAAGUCAAAAAAUGGCGCCAUGGGUUCGAGCGAGUAAUGGAGAUAAAGUUAGCCUUGGGUGCUAUGCAACCGGAGCUCCACCAAUGAAAUACAGCUGGACAAAGGAUAAUACCUCUUUAGGAAACUCAACAGAGAUCAAAGUUCUCCAAAACGUYGUAGUGGUAUAUCCCAAGAGAUCUACUGAUUAUGGAAUAUACGUAUGCAGUGUGACAAAUGGAAGAGAAACAGUGUCACGUGCUAUCAAACUGAUUGAAGUUGCCCCUGGUAACCCAGAAACUUUAAAGUCAAGUCAAAGGCAUCAAGAAAACGCAGAGGGAACAUAUCUACCAUUUGUCAUCAUCCUAGCCUUGUUAGUCAUCGUUUGCAUCCUGAUCACGAGCUACUUAUUUUGGCGCUAUAUCGGCAAGGCAAGGAAAGUGCUUCCAAAAAACCUGGUAUCCCUAUGACAGCUAUCAUCCGAAAGAAUUCUCUGGGACAAGAUAAUGUAUUCUUGUUGGACGAACCCGUAUUUAACGAUACGUUUACCAACACUCAAGAAGUGGCUGAAAAUGAGCUUUGAAGAGGCUGCCAAAUACAGUAAAACCCCGCGUAUAAUAACUUAAAAUUUAAGAACCUGUCAGGCUGAAGUUUACAUUUUAAGCACCAUUUCAGGCUGAAAUGUCAAAGUAGGUUCUUUAAUUUCCAAAUAUAAAGCCUAUCAAGCUUUACUCUAUAUGUUAGUGUCGAAGUUGGAGCAAAGAAAUCUCACUCCAUAUAUGGUAUGAUGAAUUCCAUAUUUGGAUUGUGCGGAAAUCUGUUGUUUUUUUCCCUUCUCAAUGUAAAUAAUAAAAUACAGUACUCUGUAUGUUUGAGUGCUUACACUGUGUCCAUGAAAUAAGAUCUAAAUAGUAACUACUUAACCUAGUUUUUAUUCAAUACAGUAUUUUUACUUACCAAAAAUUAUAAUUAAGAACCCAUUUAAGAACCAAGAUAUCCUGACUUCAAUUUAAGCACCAUUUAUAUAAGAACCUGUUCAUGCUGACUUUAAAAAAUCUAGGUUCUUACACGCGGGGUUUUACUGUACUUUCCAAUCACUCGUAUGUGUAAUAUUUGCACAUGGAGUUACAAACUCAAACUAAAUGACAAGGAACCGGCUGAAAAUAAGAUUUGAAGAGGUUAACAAAUACAAUAUAUAAGAAAUACUUUCUAAUCAGAUAAGUGUAAUGCUUGCACAUGGAGUUACGCACUCAAACUAAAUGACAAGCAACUAUUACAGACCAAAAUCAUGGACUGAAAARCCAAUUUCUAGAUUGCGUUUACAUUUACCAAAUUGCUAGCACGCCCUCUCUUCGAGGCUUAAGUGCUCGGGGAGGUCAGGAUCAAAGUUGGUGUCCUAAUUUACAGACCCCACUUUUAAAUGCAUUAACAUUUGGGGCUGWGACUAAUUCAGCAGGUAGAUUGUUAAUUCCACGGUUUUAUUGUCCAUGAUUAUGUGCAUAAGUUUGUUAAAUGCAAUCUAAAAAUACUCUACUUCAUUUUAUAGUAUAUAAGGGUGUAUAAUCAGACAAUGUGAUUAACAUUUGGGGCUGUGACUAAUUCAGCAGGUAGAUUGUUAAUUCCAUGGUUUUAUUGUCCAUGAUUAUGUGCAUAAGUUUGUUGAAUGCACUCUAAAAAUACUCUACUUAAAUUUAUAGUAUAUGAAUGUGUAUAAUCAGACGAUGUGAUAAAUUUCUGGAGUUUAAAGGAAAAAAAUUUCCAAAGUGUUAAAACUUUGUCACUUACUAGUUCAAUAAAUGAAAUUAAAGUGCUACUAUGACGAAAAUCGCUCAAACUU